CGUUCAUUCCAAUCAGUGAACUCAAGAGGCCAGGACACAAGCGUAACAACACAAAGAUAACAGUUUAAAACUGUCUUUUAAUGUUUGGUAACACCGGGAGCAGUCAUGGGAUCUGAUGCGCAAAAGGAGAGACUUCGCGAGCUCUUCCACGCGUGCGAUGUGGAUCACUCGGGACGAAUCGAGAAAUGGGAGUUCGAGAAAAUAUGUUCCGAGUUGCACGUCCGAACCACCGAGAUAGAUGGAAUUUUCUCCAGACUUGACAUUGACAAGGACGGCACGAUCACUCUGGAGGAGUUUAUGGACGGAUUUCAGGAGACACACCUGUUGAGCGACGCGGACAUGAGCAGCGACAACGCCGGGGAAAGUUUCUCUGUCGCCUAUGAGGACUUUAAAUCCCGCCUGGGUGACCAGGUGAAAUUCAUCCCCAGGAUUGACCAGGUAUCAACUCUGUACCAGAACAUCGGUCUGACGGAGCCCAGAAUGGUGCCUCAGUAUGAAAGAGUUCUUCUCAGUUUCAUCAAAGAGAUUCGAAUACUGAACACAGAGAUGGAACAUCUAGCACUUGCUGUGAAGAGAGCUCAGGAUCAGGCUUCUAUACAGUUGAGUGAGAUGGAAGAAGAGAUGGAUCAACGCAUCCACACCACAGAGAGAAACAUUCGUCUACAGGAGUCUAAAAAAGCUGAUGCAGCUCUGAGCAGCAUGAAACACCAGUAUGAGUCUCAGAUCUGUGAACUUCAGCAGAAGAUACAGACCCUGCAGAUGAUUGAGGACCAAAAUAAGAGUACCAGCCUCAAAGAGGAAACCUCAGCACUGAAACGAAAGAACAAUGACCUGACACUGCAAAACCAAAAGUUGAAGCAGGAGCUAUUGGAGUCCCACACAAAUGUUGCAUUCCUGCACAGUGAACUGGACUCUCUCAAGAGCGAUCUCACAGACCAAAGCAUCAACUUUGAACGAGAUGAAGCUCUGAUGAAAUGUUUCUCUGAAGAGAGAGAGAACUUGGAGAGACAGAUCGAGAUGCUUCAAGCAGCAAACAGAAAGCUCCAUGACAGUAAUGACGGUCUACGUGCAACGCUGGAAAGCAGUCAGAGUAAAAGACAGACUCCGCGUGUUACUGGGCUGUCACCUGGGGUUUCCAUGAAGAGGAGAAAAAGCUUGAGUUCUUCUUUUUUUGAUCGGUGCUAUAACACUUGUGCAGACGAGGGCUAUGUUCAUCUUCAGCUGAUGGAGGAUCUGCACAGACAGAGCUGUGAUUCUCUGGCUCUGGCUCUGUGUGACCCCAUGCGCAGACGUAGCUGUGAGGAGGACAGCCUGCCUGAGAGCUGCGUGGACAGCGGCAUGUCAACCCUGCGCUCAAAUAAUGGCUACGAAUAUGAGGAUGGGAGAACUUGCUGUCCAAGUCCUGUGCAAGCAUUGGACAACAGCACCACUGUGUCUGGGGACACUUCAGAUACAGAGGUUGUGGAGGUACGAGAUGAGGAUGCGUUUGGAUCAGAUAGUGAAUCAGUUCUGAGCUGGACUCCAUCACAAUCUGCUCAGAAAAACGAUUCAGGGAAGAAAUGCCUCUCUGCUAUCUUCACUGAGAAAGAGAAGGAUGAGUUGGCGGUGACUAAGGCUCAAUCUGAAAAGGCUUAUAGGAUUGUAUUGGCAGGAGACGCUGCGGUGGGCAAGUCUAGUUUCCUUCUUCGCCUCUGUAAAAACGAGUUCAAAGGCAACACAAGUGCCACACUAGGUGUUGAUUUUCAGAUGAAAACCUUGGUAGUAGACGGUGUUCCAACAGUGCUGCAGCUGUGGGAUACGGCUGGACAGGAAAGGUUUCGUAGCAUUGCUAAGUCUUACUUCAGGAGAGCUGAUGGAGUUCUUCUACUCUAUGACGUCACCUGUGAGAAGAGCUUCCUUAAUGUGCGCGAGUGGGUUGACAUCAUUGAGGAUGUGUCUCAGGAUGAUAUUCCCAUCAUGCUUGUGGGGAACAAGACAGACCUGAGGAAUGAAGCUCUUCUAGAUGGAGUCACCUGUAUUCCAACCAGCUAUGGAGAGAAACUAGCCAUGACGUACAGUGCAUUAUUCUGUGAGACGAGUGCAAAAGAUGGUUCCAACAUCAUUGAGGCAGUUCUUCAUUUAGCUCGAGAGGUGACGAAGCAUGCCGAUGAAUACAAGGAGCCGGUAGCAGUGGCCAAAAUCUCCAGAAGUCAUAACAAAAAGAUGUCCAACCCCAACUGCUGCAUGGGCUGAUGUGUGUGUACAUCAUCCCCAAACAAAGACUUUCUGCAGUAGUCCUAUCUGACCCUAAAAAAAACUUUCACAGGCACAACGCUUCUACAGACAUCAAGCUAACUCAUUUUUAGUUGUUAAACUAUUUAUAAACUAUAGUUAAAAUACUCACUGUUUCAAAAGUAUAGCCACAAGGCAUAAACUAUAUGCAAGUUAAGAAGAUUUUACUGUGAUAAAAUCACUUAUUAAACUUUUCUGUGUAAAGUUAUAACCAAUUUUACAACUUUGUUGCCACGAUGAUUAAAAAACCCUUAAACUUUACAGCUCAAAUAACACAUGAGUUUUAACAGAUGAAUUAAUUUAAGUGCUUUUAUUAAAUUGUAAGAUUCAAAUUUCUGCCUUUAAACCCUCCAAAAAUUGGUCCCAUUCACUUCCAUUUUAAGGACCAGAUUUUUGCAAUUUUUAAAGGAGGAACUAAUAAUAAUUUUUUGUGGUAAUCAACAUUCUUUUUGGUUUACAUACAUUUAAUUUGGAGUUUAGUAUGCCGCACCUUGCCUUAAACUAUUUAUUACAUGAAAACAUUAAUUGUCUUACUGAAAAGUAAUCCAUUCCAAUAUAGUUAUGUCUAACAGGGUCAUUUAAUUUGUAUUUAACUGUUUAUUAGUGGUAUGUGAAACAGGAUAAUUGAUUGGAAUAAUCUGAUAAAUUCUAUUUGUAAGGAAGAGUUAAAGGAAUAGUGUACUUUAAUUGUUUUGGUGAACUAUCUCUUUAAUUCACUUUUGUGACAUGAGGUGAUUUCUUAUGAGAUGCAUAAAGAUUUCUAUGGAUGAACCAAAUGUUUCAGAGUUGGUACUACUGAAAACUGGUUCUUGAUUCAAAGCAUCCAUUAUUUUUAGACCGUAGUUAUAAAUGUGUGAAAGUUUUUUCUUUUUUACAGAUUGACAAGCUUUUAUGGGAGCCUCUAAUUGUUAUCUAUUAUUAUCUUUAUGCAUUUCAAAAUGAAUAUUGCUGUUAUUGCAUCAUAUUGUUUAUGGAAGAGUACAGUCAGUUUUUAUGAUUGUAUCUAUUAGGUAUUAUGUAUCUAUUAAUGCAACACUCUAUUUUUUGUUCUAUAACACAAAUGCACAACUUUAUUCUAUAAUAAACAGUGGACAUUUAUUAUUCGUGUUCUUAUAGUAAAACAUUUCUAAAUAUGCUCACUUUUACUCUUCACUUUUUCAGUCAUAUUGCAUGCGAGUUUAUUAUAAAAUCUGAUGCAUAACUUGGCUUUAAGAUUGACUAUG